CUCUCCUAAGCAUGACUGACUCUGCUCUCCUUAUUGACUCAAAUGUUCAUGCCAGGUCCUAUACAUUUUAUUCUUGUGGGAGCAGGAAACCAAGUCACCCCGGCUUCUCACUCAACAAACAUGGGUCCACCCGGGGUUAGCGCCAGCACCAGGUGCAGGAAGAGUAGGGCCAAAGUCUGGGGAACCCCAUUCAGGGGCCUCCCAAGGUGGAUCUCCAGAAGAGAGACACCCCCCCCCCACGCCGGAAGAGGAGGAGGCCAGGGCGGAGUCUUGGGCUGUUUCCUAAGCACCAGAAGUCCUGGCUGGGUCCUGGGCUGGGCUGUACUCUUGGGAGGAGCUCUUCCUGGCGUCGCCAUAGCUGCCUAGGUAACUAACCCGCUGGGCCAUGGCCUCCCUCGGUAGUGAGAGCCGGAGUGGUGCCCCAACACAGAGUACAGCCCCUACGCCCUGGGUGACCAUCCUGCAGCCUUUGCCUUGGACAGUCGCCUCUCCUCAGACUCAGCAUAACCGAGUCAAGGAAGACCUGCUGGAGCUGAUGAUGCUACAGAACGCACAGAUGCACCAGUUGCUUCUGAGUCAACUAGUGGCAGACGCCCUGAGCCCGGGGCCAGAGUGGCCCAGCCCACAGGUCCAUACAGACAGCCUCGAGGAGCAGGUGGAGGAAGAGAUGGAGAUGGGGGAGCAAGAGCCUUUGGUCUUCCACCAUCACUACUUGCCUUGCCCAGUGACCUCUUUGAGCCCCAUGUCACUCUGGCCAUCCUCUUUCCUCUCUGUUCCCCCACACCAGCCUCCCUGGCAGGGCGCACCCAGGAUCCAGCACCAGCCCCCUGCCUCCAGGCAAGGGGAGGUGAGAGAUGUGCCCCCACCUCCACCCCCGAGUGCGACGGGGACUGUAGGUGCAGAUGUACCUCCGGCUUCAGACUACUAUGAUGCCGACAGCCUGCCGUGAAGACAUGUUCAUCAGACCUCUCGCUUUCUGCUCAGGGCUGCCCCAAACUCCGGAGCCAUGGUGGCCCUUCUUACCCGCUCUGCCCCGGCAAGCCCUCACCAGGCUCUCUACUGCCACCUUGUGCCAGCUGUCCUGGAGUAAAAGCUCUCUUAAGCCCAAACAUGACCCAGAAGCUACUUAAAACCAGUUGAUCCCCUGUUUCCCAUCUAGACCAAAGUAAGGCCCUGAUACCAGAGCCCAGUUAUUCUCUGCCCCUCUCUCUGGGAUGAUGAAGGCUGUGUCCUCAGCCCUGGGGCUUAACAUAGGGGAAGCGAGAAAAGGAUAACUAAAAUAUCCAAAUUCCUUAAGACUUCCGGAGGGCAACGUGGACCGAGAGGGGCCCAGCUUAGGAGGCCCCUGCACAUGAUUCAACUCCCUUGAGCUUCCUCUCAUUGUUGGCAGAAAGGAGAGUCAGGGCUGUGUCCUGAUUCAACCGGGAGCAGCACGAGGUCCCCAGAGUCAGUUGUGAACAGAAUGUCCUCCGCCUCCUCGGACCUCAAGAGGAAACAAGUUGAUCCUAAUGGUGUGGGUAGAUAGCUGGGGUCUGGGAUGCAGAGGCUUGGAAAAGCCGUGGGAGAGAGCAGCGGGGGGA